CCUUUCUGAGCCAAAGAAGAAGAACGUCUGUAGUGACGUCAGCAGCGUGUUGUGGGAACAGACUGGAGGAAGAUGGCGGGGUCCAAGGUGAAGCAGGACAUGCCUCCUCCGGGAGGCUAUGCCGCUUUUGAUUACAAGAGAAAUCUACCGAAACGAGGACUUUCUGGAUAUAGCAUGUUUGGGAUUGGCAUUGGGAUCAUGGUGUUUGGCUACUGGAGGCUUUUUAGGUGGAACAGAGAAAGGAGGCGUAUGCAGAUUGAGGAGAUGGAGGCCCGGAUAGCUCUGAUGCCACUUAUUCAGGCAGAGCAAGAUCGAAGGACCUUGCGGAUGCUGAGGGAGAAUUUAGAAGAGGAGGCGGUUCUCAUGAAGGACGUUCCAGGUUGGAAGGUUGGUGAGAGUGUCUUCCACACUGACCGCUGGUCAUCCCCCAUGUCAGAGGAGCUGUUCAACCUCAGGCCCCGGGAGGAGCUCUUGCACAAGCGCUUUGGCUUCUUGUCGUACGUUUGAACACCUGUGUCCUGCGCUCCACCAACAGACGCCUCAUGGACCUGAGCAUAAUAUGCUCAAUUCAGCUUGUAAAUGUUCAAUAUUAAAAGUAUUGUUUUUUCUGUACCUAA